AAUAAUUAAAUGCUCUAUUUCCGGGUGUUUAAGCCACUUGUUAGAAUUCCAAUACAAAAAUUCAUCAACUAUUCCACGAAGAUUGUUGCAUCAUUGGCAGAGGCCAUGACGAGCACGAAGACGAGGCCCGUUGUGUUUUGUGGGCCAUCGGGUGCUGGAAAGAGUACCCUACUUAAGAAACUAAUGAAUGAAUACCCCAACUGUUUUGCUUUCAGCGUUUCACAUACCACAAGGCACCCGAGGCCUGGUGAGGUCCAUGGGAAAGAUUAUUACUUUGUGUCUGUGGACGAGAUGAAGAAAGGCAUAGAUGAGAAACUUUUCAUUGAAUAUGCACAAACCUACGGAAAUUAUUAUGGGACGAGCUUAAAAGCCAUAGAAGACAUAUCAUCGUCGGGAAAAAUCUGCGUCCUUGACAUUGACACGAAGGGCGUGGUCAGUGUUAAAAAUAGCCCUCUCUGCCCUAGUUACAUAUUCAUAAAGCCGCCUUCUUUCGAAGACCUGGUCAGCGAUAGGCUGGUAACUAGAGGCACUGAGACUGAAGAUUCGUUGAAGAAGAGGCUGGACUUGGCCAACGAGGAGAUGAAAUUCUGCGAAAUUCCAGGUAUGUUUGAUUUGGUGGUGGUCAACGAUGACAUCGAGAAGGCCUAUAGCUCCAUUAAGAUGUUCCUACAAAAAGACAUAGAAGCAGUGCUGGAAAGCCAAAAUUUUACAUAAGUCCCCUUUUAGUGGCGUCGCAAAUAAUGAUGAUGAUGAAGAAGAAGACGAUGCUGAUGAUGAUUGGGAUGACGGUGAAGAAGAAGAAGAUCAUGAUGAUGACAUAUCUGUGGGAAAGAUAUUUUUCAUUUUCGUAGAGCUUUGCCAUGUUAGGCCAGUCUAAUUCCACAACCAGCAUAUCACCAUUAUCAUCAAUGUUACAUUAUUAAUUAUUAUUAUAAUUAUUUUAGUCAUUAUUAUUGUUAUUAAUUUUAUUUAUUCAUCUAUUUUUAUCGCCAAUAUAUUGCCACCAAUACCAAACCACUAUCAUCAUCAUCAUCAUUCCUGUUAUUAUUAUUAUUAUUAUUAUUACUACUACAACAGCAGCGGCAGUAGUAACAGUAGUAGUUGUAGUAGUAUCAUCAUUAUCAGCACCACCUUUAACAUCAUUAUCAUCAUCAAUGUUGAAAUCUCUACGUAAAAUAAUAUUCAAGUGCAUUUUUUUUUGUAAAAACGUCAUCCGUGUAUACAUUCACAUGCGCACACACAUACAUCCGCACACACACACACGCACAUAAAUAUGUAUGUAAUAAGUUAGGAGAUUGCUUUAUCGUUUCAACGUGUUGACAACAUAUUAUAUUUAUAGGCAAUUGGCAUAUAUACAUACAUAGGGUUGUUUUUUUUUGUGGUUUAAUAAACGAACGAACGAAUGAAUGAUUGAUUGAUUGAUUGAUUCGAUUGUUAAUUAAUUAAUUCAUUCAUCGAGUAAAUGAAUGAAUCAUCGAUGACGAAAGAACGAUUGAUUGAUUGAUUGAUUGAUUGAUCGAUCGAUUGAUUGAUUGAUUGAUUGAUUGAUUGAUUGAUUGAUUGAUAGAUAGAUUGAUUGAUUGAACGAACUAAUGAAUGAGUGAAUGAAUAGCAAUUAUGUCUUUUUUCGUGCUGUCUUCUCUUCAUUUUCUAUAGUUAUUUAUAUAUUUAUUUGAUGUAACAUUCUUACAAUCAAUAAAGAAUUUUUUGAAAUUUUUAUUAAA